AUGGCUGCGCAACCGACUGCCUCGGGGAUUGUGACCGAUGAAACAAGCGGCGAGCGGCACAUCCCAGAAUCUAGAAGGGCUGAUGGCAGUACGAGAAAAGCCAUCAAGAUUCGGCCCGGCUACCGACCUCCCGAGGAUGUCGAGGUUUACAAGAACCGGACCGCUGAGAACUUCCGCAAUCGGGGUAAGGGGCCUAUUCCCGGCGCAGAGGGUUUGAAAGACGACAAGCCGGCACAGUCAUCAUCUGCUGCCGCCAACAAGAACGCUAAGCGGCGUGAGGCACGUAAGAAGGCCAAAGCCAACGAUGAGGGGCAAGGGGAGGCAGCACCGGCAGAGGAAGUCAAGGAGGAGGUUGACCCCGAAGCUGAGAAGGAGAAGAAGGUGCGGAAUCUGAAAAAGAAGCUGAGGCAAGCCAAGGAGCUUAAGGAGAAGAAGGAAACUGGCGGGGAAUUGCUACCGGAGCAGAUCGCCAAGGUCAUCAAGAUGAAUGAGCUGAUUCGGGAGUUGGAUGCGCUGGGAUUUGAUGCCGAAGGCGAGCCCAAGGCGGAGGAGGCGGGGGUCGAGGAGGCGAAGCCCGAGAAAACCGAGGCAUCGAGCUGA